AUGGCGACCAAAUAUCCAGAAGUCGACUCAACAAGUGGUCUGGGAUCAUUGCCACCAGAAGAGAAUGUACAUCGGGAUUUCGAAGAAACACUGACCACUGAGCCUACAGAGGCAGAAGCAGACCGUGGUGGUACCCAUGCCGUGCUCCAGGAGUCUUACGACCGGGAAAUAUGGCGUUUGCAAGGCAAAGGUGUGUCGAAACUAACGUUAAAGGGGAUCGACAGCCACAAAGUUACUGUAAGCGAAAGUAAAUUUCAACCAAGCAGCAGCACUCCAGCAUUCGCGACUGAACGCACGUGGCCUUUAUACAGCGAUGGACAGGACGUCCCUCGGGAACGUGUGGAACACAUGAGGAACAGCGGCAAGGGAAAGUCAAACGAAGUACGCCAAGUUACUCAAGCAACUGGAUAUGAUUUUGAAGUACGCCAAAUUUACUCCAAAUUGGCCGAUCAGCUUCAGGAGUUCGAGGGAGGCGAGGACUGCUACCUUCUACCCAUCGAGAAUGGAAUUCUUUUCUCCAAAAAAAAGAUAGCCAAGUCCAAGGACAACGUACCGGACUCCGUCUGUGUGGAACACGAGCCUAGGAGAGGUAAAGUUUUCCUGAAUGGAGUCCUCCUGGCAGCUACUGUGACCCAAGACAGCAGCAUUUACAGACGAAAACACGUAAAACUUGGCCUUCGUGGUAACUUCCUGAUCUUGCCGGAAGAUGAGAUAGAUGUACUAGGACGUGGAAAUGAGGCAACUGUUUUAAUGGCAAAUGAUGUACUGACUGGUGAUAAGUUGGCAGUCAAGAAGAUGGAGAUCAGUGAAAAGAUGCUGAGUGGAAGCGAUCCUUUUGCAGCCUUCCUGAAAUUGGCUGGCUGUGAGCAGACUUGA